AUGGCCACUUCAACCAACAACAAUGCAGAGGCGCUGAUCCCUCAAUUCAAGUUCGAAAAACUUCUAAAUCAAGCCGGACGCCGCAUCGUCUUGCAGGGCACAAUCGCAUCUCAACCAGCGCUGCUCCUCGCCGAGCGCGCCGCAUUCGACGCAGACGACUCGCACCUGUCGACCUUCAGCGGCUCGCUGUCGCACAUCCAGAACCUCGGCGACAAUGACAUCUACCGCUGGUACAUGGCCCACAGCGGUGCUGGCCAAGGACACCCGCCCGACCUGAAGAUCAACCUCAUCUACCCUUGCACCGACCAGCAUCUCAANAAGUACGCCGCACAGGCAGUCCGCCAUGUGACAGAGACCCCCGACGUCUACCGCGAUCGCGUCCGCCCCUACAUGCAGGCCAAGCGCGACCAAGGACGACUGAACUGGGUCUUCAACAUCCUCGACGGCCGCACCGAGCAAGAAGAUGUCCUGUUCCGCUCUCCACACGACACCACUCCCGACGAUGAAAGAUAUCUGUUGCUUCCAGACUUGAAUUGGGACCGCAAGACGCUGGGAAGCCUGCACUUGCUCGCUCUCGUCGAGCGCAGAGACAUUUGGAGUCUUCGCGACCUCAAGAAGAAGCAUGUCGCCUGGCUCAAGUCUAUCGUUGCCGACAUUGCAGCCACCGUUUCUCGUCUGUACAGCAUGGACUCAGACAUGCUCAAAUGCUAUGUGCAUUACCAACCAACCUACUACCAUUUCCACAUCCACAUUGUCCACGUCUCGCUCGAAGCUGGUGCUACACAGGCUGUAGGCAAGGCCCUAUCACUUGACAACAUCAUCUCUCAGCUGGCCACCAUGGCUGGUGACGAAGAAGCCGGCAUGGACAAUGUCGAUUUGUCCUUUACCUUGGGCGAGGCCAGUGAGCUGUGGACCGAUGUGUUCUUGCCUCUAAAGGAAAAGCGUUUACAAUAG